AUGAGAAGCUCUAGCUACAUGUCAUUUGGUGUUGCCGUGAUAGUACUUUUGGUACUGUCGACGGCCAUGGAGGCUGAAGCCAUCCGACUGGACGCAGAGACCCGCGCAUCAGUCAGCAGCAGCAGCAGCAGCAGGAGCCUAAACAAACCAAUCGAGAAUGCUGUCAAGGGACCUGCUAGCUCGGCAAACGAGGCAAAGACGAGCGCCGUUGUUGCCGCGAAAGAAGUCAGGGCGGUGGCACACAAGCUGCCGGAGUUCCACGAGGACUACUACGGUCCGAGUGAUCACAGCCCAAGACACCACUGA